UAAAGGCACGCAUGGGGGUAACAUGACACUCUUCCGCCACUUCCACUUCUCCCGCCGCUCCGGCUGCUCUGUACGGGACCACGAACUGCUGGUCAUUGAAGCACUUCACCGUCCCGCUCAGCCACUCACCCCUCUUCUUCGCCGCCAGGCCCUCCACCAAACAAACCCAAAAGAAUCACUCACACCAAAACCAAACCCUAUAAAACUUCAAGGGUGUGUCCACGCACAUCAAUUCAGAUAUGGGUCAAUUAUCAUGAGCCGAAAUGUUGCCUAUGCGAGUUAGAAACGUGGUAAACUUGCUUAACAUAUUUACGGAAAGAUCUGCUGAAAACUUUAUUGAUGUUGGCAAGCAUUUCCCUGCUUGUUAUACGACUGGUUCAACUUGCUCGGAGCUUCCAAUAAAACGUAAGAAGUCUGAGAGGAAGCCAUUGGUGACGAGUGUUAAUGACCUCAAGCGUGAAGCCAGGUUGAGGAGGAAAGAGAGGCUGAAGGUGCAAGAGGUUAUUCUACAACCUCCCAAAAAUGGGCUUUUGGUCAAGGGAUUAGUUCCAGUUGCUCGUCAAGUCUAUAGUGCCAGAGCCAAGCUUCAUGUUUGUGUCUCAAGGGUUGUCAAGAACAUUGCUAUAUAUACUUGCAGCUUGUGUGGAGAAGUUCAUGUUGGUCAUCCACCACACAGAAUUAGGACAUGCAAUGUUGCAGGGAGCCCAACAAACAAAGAGCACAAAUGGGAAAAGGGGGGCAUUGGGCAUGUUUUGCCCGUGGUAGAAUCAUUUCAUCUAUAUGACCGGAUUGGUAGAGCUGUUUCACAUAAUGAGCGUCUUGAAGUGGACCGCAUUCCUGCACUUCUAGAACUGUGUGUUCAAGCAGGUGUUGACAUUCCUGAGUACCCUACAAGGAGAAGGGCAUGCCCUAUCUACAGUCUUGCUGGUAGAGUUAUAGAUUUUGAGCGGAGGUUUCCCAAAGAGGAUUCACCUGGCAAAGAUAUUAAUACAUAUGGGUUUUGGGAUAAGAAAAGGAACUUGAAUAACGAUGACAAAUUUAUGGACUUGCAUUCUGAUGACAUACAAGCUAUAUCUGUUCAGGGCAUGGAAGAAUGGGAAAAAAUGCGAUCAGGAGCAUCGAAACUUAUGGAGAAGUAUGCUGUCCAGACUUGUGGAUAUUGUUCAGAGAUGCAAGUGGGGCCUAAAGGUCAUAGGGUAAGGAAUUGCCAAGCUUUUAAACACCAGAUGAGGGAUGGGCAACAUGCAUGGCAAGAGGCAACAGUUGAUGAUUUAAUUCCUCCGGUAUAUGUGUGGCAUGUUCGAGAUGGGCAGCGUGGUGAGUUGCUUGUUAAUGGUUUGAAGAGGUACUAUGGGAUGUUGCCUGCAGUGGUUGAACUUUUUGCUCAAGCUGGGGCAUAUGUGGGUGAUCAUUAUGCUGGUGUCAUGAGAGAAGAUGUUGCAGUUCCUGAUUUGGAUGAAGAAAAGUUGGUUGUGUAAGGUCGAAUAUCAUUCGGGUCAGAUGCUACCUACUCAUUUGAAAAAGAAGGAUGCAUGGGAGUGGGCAAUAUCUCUCUUGGGAAAAAAUUGAUGCAGGCUCUUAUAUAUAUUCAGUUUGUUUCUAUUUCU